AUGCAAUUUCGACGACUAUGUCUAUGUAAAGAUUACGAUCCGCUGGGCGAAACCAUGUUGCGGACGUUUGUCCGCAACAAUCGGCUCUUCUUGGCAAUCGGUCUCUCCGUGGUGUUUGGUAUAAGUUUGGGUCUAGCCGGAAGAACACUCUCACUUUCCGAAGAUGCUGUGUCGCUAGUGCAGUUUCCUGGAGAAAUUUUCAUGAGAUUGCUGAAAUUGAUGACUUUACCACUAGUCGUCGCUUCGCUGAUUUCAGCUCUUGCUCAAAUGGACGUGAAGAAUUGCAAACGAAUGGGCUUGAUCACCUUACUAUACUAUCUCUUUACUUUGUUCCUUGCUACGGCGUUGGGAAUAUUUCUUGUUCUCGCAAUCCAUCCUGGAGAUCCCAGACUUAAAGCAACAAAGGAAAAUGUUGAGACCAACAAGAUCUCGGCACUGGACACCUUCCUUGACUUGAUUAGAAACAUGUUUCCCGAAAACCUCGUGCAAGCCACUUUUGAGAGAUCUCAAACAGUCUACACAAGGAAAGUCAUAUCUGCAGAUGGUAACAGAAGCACAGAAGUGGUCACAAAAAUGGUUGGUGAUCAGCGCGGGAUAAACAUCAUAGGCAUUAUCGUAUGCUGUGUUGGUUUUGGUGUUGUAGUGUCUCACUACUCGGAAAAGAUUCCUGUAGUCGUCAACUUUUUUGUGGCCAUGGAUAAAAUAAUUAUGAAGCUGAUGCUGUCUGCGAUGUGGUUUGCACCCAUCGGUAUCACCAGCCUAAUUUGCGGUAGCUUGUUGGAGCUUGAUGAUAUCUCGCUAGCCGUCACCGCUAUGACCAAAUUCACGCUAACAGUACUCAUAGGACUCUUCAUUCAUUCCUUUAUCACCAUCCCAGUCCUUUACGUACUGCUAACACGUAAGAACCCAGUCAACAUCUUCAAGUACAUAAUGGAGGGCGGAAUGGCAGCACUGGGCACUUCGUCUUCUGGUGCAGCUCUACCGCUUUCUAUCAGAGGUAUGGAGCAGUUGGGUGGUCUUGACGAGCGAGUUUCACGAUUCGUUUUGCCACUGGGGGCGAAUAUCAAUAUGGAUGGAUGCGCUCUUUACGAGGCUGUGGCAGUUAUCUUCAUAGCUCAAGUAAACAACGUUCAUUUGAGUGCGGCACAGAUUGUAACCGUCAGCUUUAACGCUACAAUAGCCUCUCUGGGACUCAAUGCCGUUCCAGUUGGACUAGUUUUAAUUUUUAUGAUACUAAAUACAGUGGGAUUACCUUCUACAGAAGUGCCCUUAUUAUUUGCAGUGGACUGGAUGCUAGACCGUAUACGUACUUCUUUGAACGUAUUCGGAGACGGAUUUGCGGCCACUGUUGUGGAAAUGGCUCUACAGAAGCGCCUGAAAGAAUGUCCGACAAAUACACGCGAAAACAAGCGCUUAGAUGGAAUUGAUGCAUGAGCUUAGCUUUUCUCUUUCAGAAAAGUAAAGUUAAAAAAAUCGUCGUUUUCACUUUGAACUCAACGGAAUAAACAGCAAAUGUUAUUGUUGUGAACAAGAGAAAUAGUUCGCAAAAUUUUGGCAGUAAUCCUAGAGGAUCUGUGACUAUCUCGCUGUAUCUUCACCUGCAUUGUGUAAAAGAGGC